AGGAUAGCAAGUUAGCAACGGCUUCGAAGCAGGCAACAAGCCCAGGAGCGUACUUCACUUGAAUUCGCACCUUAGCUGCUACAAGUCUACAACUCGCCUCCCUUCCAGAUUGCCGCCAUUAAAGCACCACAGUUUUCACUGGGAGGUUUUGAGCUUCAAUGGGACCUAUUACGUUGGCUGUAAAUGCGAAAAAUUCGUUGGUAGCUCCAGAUGCAUCUAAUAGAAAAAUGGAAAAUCUUCCGAUGAACCCAAGAAAGUUCUUUGCUUCAAUCAAUAAGGAAGAAGAGAAACCAUUUGAUUUUUUCCGCAUAUUAUUCGAGGGUGUUAUAGCAGGUGGCACGGCUGGUGUUGUUGUAGAAACAGCUCUGUACCCCAUUGAUACUAUAAAGACACGACUGCAGGCAGCUCAGGGUGGGGGAAGAAUAGCACUUAAAGGGCUCUAUUCUGGGCUUGCUGGAAAUCUUGCUGGAGUUUUACCUGCAUCUGCUGUUUUUGUUGGUGUCUAUGAGCCCACAAAGAAAAAGUUGUUGAAGGCUAUUCCUGAAAAAUUUAGUGCAGUGGCUCAUCUGACUGCAGGUGCCAUUGGAGGUUUUGCUGCUUCUCUUAUUCGAGUUCCAACAGAGGUUGUUAAGCAACGAAUGCAGACUGGGCAAUUUGCUUCUCCCCCUGAUGCUGUACGUCUUAUUGUUAGCAAGGAAGGCUUUAAAGGUCUUUAUGCGGGAUAUGGAUCAUUUCUACUAAGAGAUUUGCCAUUUGAUGCAAUCCAGUUUUGCAUCUAUGAGCAGCUUCGGAUAGGAUAUAAGAAGGCAGCACGGAGGGACUUGAAUGAUCCAGAGAAUGCCAUAAUUGGUGCUUUUGCUGGUGCUCUAACAGGAGCAAUAACUACUCCACUUGAUGUGGUUAAGACCAGGUUAAUGAUUCAGGGUUCAUCCAAUCAGUAUAAAGGUAUUGUCGAUUGUGUUCAAACAAUUGUCAGGGAAGAAGGACCACAAGCUCUUUUGAAAGGUAUUGGACCAAGAGUACUGUGGAUUGGCAUUGGGGGUUCAAUAUUCUUUGGUGUUCUCGAGAGCACAAAGCGAUACCUUGAGCAGAGGCGUCCUAGUAGUCAUCAAAACGAAAUGCCAAAGCAGGAAUGAAAACGUUGGGUAUGAGGGGAUGAAGCCUCAAGAAUGGCGGCCAUAACUGUGUUGCAGGUUCUAUGAAUAGUCUGAGUUUGAGGAAGAACUGAGUAAAAUAUUCUGAGCUUGUCAUUCUGGACUUGUGGUUGCACUUAUUGCCUUUUAUCUCAUCCCACACCGAAACUAUACGAGUGAGUUGUGAGGAAACUUUCCUUUAAAGCAGCUAUGCCCUGCACAUGAAAACUCAUACCUUUCUCGGCCUUUUGGCUAAGAUCAAGUGUAGUAUCUGUUCUUAUCAGUUUAAUAUCUGAUAUGUGGAUCAUUGAUCCACACGAUAUUAACUCAAUUUUUUAAGGGGAAAGGCCCAUCACAGUAGCUUGCUAUUGGGGCCUUUGAGCGUCGCCUUGGUGUUGCACUACUACCUGGGCCUGGCGCACCCCACC